GCUGAAUUAGAAGGCCAAUGGAAAGGUUGGAGAGCUUCGGGAAAUUGGCGGAGUGGGGUUCAUCCGCACUCAGCAUCAUCUUCAGCGCUUCCACCUACGUCUGGAGGCGUAUAUAUCCUUACAUCGAGAUCACAUUCACCGAGUACGCCGGCGAGCAUCUCAAACGCAGCGAAGCUUACGCCGCCAUCGACGCCUACCUCGGUGACCUCUGUCGCGACACAGCAGUCCGUAUCAAGGCCAUGACCUCCAAUGAGGGCGGUGACAACGUCGUCUUCAGCAUGGACGACAACGAAGAGAUCGCGGUGGACUUGGACGGAGUCAAGGUCUGGUGGCUCGCCAGUAAGUCCGUCCCCAGGGUCACUUCCAUCUACUUCGGCCGGGGUCCCCCCGAGGACCCACGCUACUAUCGCCUCGCCUUCCACCACCGCCACCGUGAUUUCGUCGUCGGCCAGUACAUCAACUUCGUCUUGUCUAAAGGGAAGCAAAUUGCGGCCGAUCAGCGCAAGAAGAAGCUUUACACUAACAAGUCGACAAUCGGCUGGAAUCCAUACGAGCAGCGCGAGACCCUGUGGAGCCACGUGCCGUUCGAGCACCGGGCGAAGUUUGAGACGCUCGCCAUGGAGGAGAGCAAGAAGCGGGACAUCCUGGAAGACCUCGAUAGGUUCAGGAGCAACAGAGAUUACUACAGGAAGUUGGGGAAGCCGUGGAAGCGGGGGUACUUGUUGUACGGCCCUCCAGGCACAGGAAAAUCCACCAUGAUCGCUGCCAUGGCAAAUCACUUGGGUUAUGACAUCUACGAUCUGGAGCUCACGGCGGUGAAGGACAACACCGACAUGCGCAAACUGCUGAUCGAGACGAAGGAUAAGUGCAUCAUCGUGAUCGAAGACGUCGACUACAUGCUGGACUUGUGGAAUAGAAGAAAGAAGGUAAUUGAGGCCCAAAUUGAGGCAGAGAAGGCGGCGCUGGUCCCCAAGGCUUCUGACGAGGAGAGCAAGGUGACUUUGCCGGGCCUUCUCAACUUCAUUGACGGGUUGUGGACUUCGUGCGGCGGAGAGCGGAUCAUCGUGCUCACCACCAACCACUACGAGAGCCUUGACCCCGCGCUGAAGAGAAGAGGAAGAAUGGAUAUACACGUAGAGAUGUCCUACUGCAGCUACGAGGCCUUCAAGAUUCUGGCGAAGAACUACCUAAACAUUGAUGGCCACCAGUUGUUCCGCAAAAUCAAACGGUUGCUAGCGGAAAACGAGGUUACUCCGGCGGAAGUGGCGGAGGCCCUGAUGCAUAAGUCCGGCGAUGACGUGGAUACUCAGGAAGUUAGGAAAUGCCUUGAAAACUUAAUUGGCAUACUUAAGAGCAAGGAUAGCAAGUCGUCCUCCAGCAAAAUCAGCAAAAGAAGGCGCGUGAUAGAUAAAUCAGUAGGUGUUUUGUAUUAGUUGUUAGAUUGGUUGAAUAACACUUUAGCAACCAACAAUGGAGGCAGCAGCCCUUCGACCAGUCAAUCACAUAAUAGAGUGUCCUCUCUCUUUAGUCACUGUACUCUAUCGCUUUAUUGUUUGUGUUAUUAUUAUCAAUUGUAAUAGUGAAAAUUUUAUUUA